AUGCAGUAUACACAUGGGGAUGAUCUGGAGAAAAGGAGGCUCCGGGAGCGGUUAUGAUAUAUAUGUCAUGUAGACGUCUCGCUGGGCUCGCGGAGUUUCUAAACUUCGUCAUCUUAAGUGCUCCUUACAUGGUUGUUAGCUAUCCCUUAUAGACAUCAUGAAGUUUUCUAGUGUUGGGGCUACCGCCAUCCUGGCGUCCGUUGCCUCGGGUCACACCAUCUUCUGCCAGCUCAAAACAAGCGCGCAAACUUACCCCGUUUCGCAUGCGAUCCGCACUCCCUCUUACGAUGGGCCACAAACGGAUGUAAACGGAAAUAACAUGGCUUGCAACGGACCGCCGAACCCAACUACGCCCUCUAGCAAGAUCAUCGACGUGAAGGCCGGUGAAACUGUAGGCGCUAUCUGGCGCCACACCCUAGAAUCUGGAGCCAACGAUGUGAUGGAUCCCGGACACAAGGGUCCCGUAAUGGCUUACCUCAAGAAAGUCUCGGAUGCGACCAAGGAUAGCGGUGUCGGCAACGGCUGGUUCAAGAUUCAAGAGGAAGGCUACAGCAAUGGAAAAUGGGGAACCGAUACCGUUAUCAACAACGGCGGAAACCAGCAGAUCAGGAUCCCCGAAUGUAUCGAGGAUGGCCAAUACCUCCUUAGAGCCGAGAUGGUCGCCCUGCACGGUGCGCGAUCCGUCAAUGGUGCCCAGCUAUACAUGGAAUGUGCCCAGAUCAACGUGACCGGCGGCAAGGCGACUAAGAAGCCAUCCACUUCUAGCAUCCCUGGUAUCUACAAGUCCAGCGACCCUGGCCUACUCAUCGACAUUUACAGCAAGCCCCCAGGAACUAGCAACCCCUACAAGAUCCCCGGACCUGCUCUCUUCACUUGCUAAAGUGUUGCCGCGCGCCCCAACGAGAUUACCUGGACAAUUUGACAAUCGUGGUCAUUUCGAAGUGAAGACGUAUGGGGGUGAAGGGUAGCCUUUGUGUAAAUACCUUCUUCCUAGGCCACCAGUAUAUAAUAGAAAGUCGUCGAGAUAUCAUCUUGCACUAUCCGCAAGUAGAACCUAUAUAAGUUCACUUGGUGUGAAGUCUAGUAGUUGGCGCAUACGUUUUAUAAGAGUCAUAGCAAAGCUCUCAAUAG